AUGAUCACUCGUGGUAAGACCGGGAUCCGCAAACCCAAUUCCAAGUAUGUUCUCUCUGUGGUGAAUGCUAAAUGCGACGAUUGGAUUCCCACGACAGUCGCACAAGCACUAGCUGAUCCACGAUGGAGAGCGGCCAUGGGUGAUGAAUACAAUUCUCAUCUGCGCCAUAGAACCUACUCCCUGGUCCCAUCCUCUCCUAAUCAGAACAUUGUAGGUACUCGCUGGAUUUACACAGUUAAGUAUGCUCCUGAUGGCUCAGUUCGCAGGUUAAAAGCUCGUUUUGUUGCGAAAGGCUACUCUCAACAGCCGGGCAUUGACUACACAGAAACGUUUAGUCCUGUCAUCAAAUCGACCUCCCUCCGAACAGUCCUCGACGUUGCUGUCUACAUCAAUCAACCCACUGGUUUCGUAGACCCUGACAAUCCAACACAUGUUUGUCGCCUCCACAAGGCUCUCUAUGGUCUUAAGCAAGCACCUAGAGCUUGGUAUCUUGAGCUCAGCAACUUCCUGCUAUCCGCUGGAUUUCUCAACUCUGUUGCUGAUACCUCUCUGUUCAUUCUCAAGAAUGGUCACAGUCUCCUCUACAUGCUCGUCUACGUUGACGACAUCAUUGUCACUAGCAACGAUCAGCGCCUCCUCGACCAGACUCUUCACUCCUUGGCAACUCGGUUUUCAGUCAAAGAUCCAGAAGACCUUAACUACUUCUUGGGCAUUGAAGCUCAUCGUACACCCUCUGGAUUACAUCUCACACAACGCAGGUACAUUCUGGAUCUUCUCACACGCUGUAAUAUGUUGGAUGCCAAACCUGUGAGUACACCAACGGCGAGUACACCUAAGCUGACUCUAGCAUUCACGAGACCCGACGUCUCCUAUGCAGUGAAUCGGUUGUCACAGUUUAUGCAUGCUCCAACUUCUGAGCAUUGGAAUGCCGUCAAGAGAGUGCUGCGAUAUCUUGCUGGUACUAGCUCCCAUGGCCUCUUCUACAGCAAAAACAAUCCAUGCUCACUCCACGCCUACUCCGAUGCCGACUGGGGAGGAGAUCGUGAUGAUUAUAUCUCCACCAAUGCUUACAUCGUGUAUCUCGGUAAGCAUCCUAUCUCCUGGUCCUCCAAAAAGCAAAAAGGAGUCGCGAGGUCAUCCACUGAAGCGGAAUACCGGUCAGUCGCCAAAACAUCUGCUGAAUUAUGCUGGAUUAGUUCGCUCCUCUCUGAAUUAGGCGUUCGAGUUCCUGCUCCUCCUGUCAUCUACUGUGACAAUGUAGGAGCCACUUACCUAUGUGCAAACCCUGUCUUCCACUCACGCAUGAAACACUUGGCACUGGACUAUCACUUCAUUCGAAAUCAGGUGGCCUCAGGAACUCUACGUGUGGUUCAUGUGUCCUCAAAAGAUCAACUCGCAGAUGCAUUAACUAAACCGCUGACACGCGCACCCUUCACGGAUCUUACUUCCAAGAUUGGAGUCUCGCACACUCCCUCCAUCUUGAGGGGGCGUAUUAAGGAAAGUACAUCUCCUAGUCAAUAA